UCAGCCUUGUAGGUUCCCACUUUCCAGUCACUCCACGUUCAGUCCUUACCAACUUGUACAGACACCUCUGUCUGUUUCAAAGCUGACAUUUCUUGCUGCCAUGGAGACGACGAGGCUGUUGUGGGAAACACUGGGUCUCCUGUUACUGUUGGCCUGUCUGGACUCUGCACAGUCACGAAGCUGCUCAACCUUGUUCUGCCGAAAAUCGCACCGUGUCAGCGGCCUCAAUGGAGUCGACCCUGGGUCUCCUCUUUUUCUCACUCCGUACUUGGAGAAAGGCGCCAUAGAUGAAGCCAGGAAACUGAGUCUCGUCGGAGAGCUGCCAGGUGCCAAUGUCAAGAGUUAUUCUGGGUAUCUCACCGUCAACAAAAAAUACAACAGCAACCUCUUCUUUUGGUUCUUUCCUGCACUGAUGCCAGCCCAACAGAAUGCUCCAGUGCUGCUGUGGCUGCAGGGUGGACCUGGUGGCACCUCCAUGUUCGGCCUCUUUGUGGAACAUGGACCAUAUGUGGUUUAUAAGAAUAUGACAGUUGGUUUGAGGGAUUACGCUUGGACAACCAGAUAUUCCGUUUUGUACAUUGACAAUCCGGUUGGAACAGGUUUCAGCUUCACUGACGAUGACAAAGGUUUUGCUCAGAACCAAGAUGAUGUCGGCAGGGAUCUAUACAGUGCUUUAACGCAGUUCUUCCAACUCUUCCCUGAGUAUCAGUCCAAUGAGUUCUACGCAACUGGAGAGUCUUAUGCUGGGAAGUAUGUUCCUGCCAUUUCUUACUACAUCCACAAAAACAACCCCACUGCUAAGGUGAAAAUCAACUUUAAGGGAAUGGCCAUAGGUGAUGGGCUCUGUGAUCCAGAACUGAUGCUGGGUGGUUACGGUGACUUCAUGUACCAAACAGGCAUGAUAGAUGAACUCCAGAAAGAGUAUGUGGUCCAGCAGACAGACUAUGGGGUGAAGCUCAUCCAGCAGCAGAAGUGGGUGGAAGCUUUUGAGGUUUUUGACAGCUUGCUGAAUGGUGACGUGGCACCUUAUCCCUCUUUCUUCCAAAAUGCUACAGGUUGCACCAACUACUACAACUACAUGACAUGCCAGGAGCCUGAAGACCAGGAGUACUUCUCCCAGUUUGUGACUCAGCCAGUGGUGCGGCAUGCCAUCCAUGUGGGCAACCUGACGUUCCACGACGGCUCAGAGGUGGAGAAACACCUCCUGCAGGAUGUCAUGAAGAGCAUCAAGCCUUGGCUGGGUGUGCUGAUGGACAACUAUAGGGUCUUAAUCUACAGUGGUCAGCUGGAUGUUAUUGUAGCCGCUCCUUUGACUGAGAGGUUCCUGCCUACCGUCAACUGGACUGGGGCCGCUGAUUACAAACAAGCCCCUCGCUUCCACUGGAAGGUUCAGCCCAGUGACACAGAGGUGGCAGGUUAUGUAAGACAAGUGAAUGAGUUUUACCAGGUCAUCAUUCGAGGAGGGGGUCACAUUCUGCCUUAUGACCAGCCAGCGAGGUCCUUUGAUAUGAUUGACAGAUUCCUCUCAACACGGGGCUGGAUAUGAAGAGUUUUGGCUUUUUAACUGAAAUAUCAACUCCACUUUAAGAAGCAUAUCAUUAAUCAAUGACUGUUGAUUGAUAAGACCGUUGAUUGUCUCAGCACAUGUAAAUCAGUACAUUGUUGGAUUUGGUACACAUAUUUGCUGCUGAUUUUGUUUUUUAAAGCAUUUUUAACAGAGGUGGCAUUGUUCUUUGGAUUUCCCUCUGAUGCACUGCAAAUCAAAGUUGUCUCAUUUCAAGAGGUCUCAAUCACUGUCUACAUCUCUGAUGAUUUGAGUGAUUCAUGUGGUUGUAAUGGAGUGAAACCAAAAUCAUAUUUCAGUCUGAUUUUUUUGGGCCUUAAGUUGUCAUGUUUCAGUUGGGAUUGUGUGUGGGGAAAUGUGUGUUUGAUUCAAUACCUACAUGCUUGAAGAUAAUAUGUCAAGAGAAAUGCUUUGAAACAAGAGAAUUAAGUUGAAAUAAAG